GCCUCUCGCCCGCCCUUUACUUUCGUCGGCGACUUGGCAAGAGAGAGAGGAGUUUAGGCGGGAAAACGGCUCGCGCGCCGAGGCCGAGGGGAGGGGGGAGGAGGAGGAAGGAGGAGGAGCUCGCGCCUCAGGGGCCUAGGCCUUCAAGGACGCCCCGAAGCGCCUCAAGUGCAAUCGAGCGAGAUGCUGGGUGUUUGUGGCAUGCAGAAAUGCCAUCAAGAGGCACUGAAAAAGAACCGUGUAUCCCUGGCCAAACAGCUAGUACUAAAGGAAUUGAUGGAACAUCUUAUAGAAAAGGAUGUUAUAACCGAAGAAAUGAUGGAGAUGAUACAGGCCAAGGCUGGGAAUUUUAGCCAAAACAUCGAAUUUCUGAAUCUUCUUCCUAAGAGGGGCCCCAAAGCCUUCUCAGCCUUUUGCGAAGCUUUAAGAGAAACCAAACAACCUCACUUGGAGGAAAUGCUUCUGAGCUCUGUCUCCAGGCACCGCAAUGGGAUUGCAAAGUUGAGUCAUAGCAGUGAAGAACCUCUGUCAUUUCCUGUGCCUGAAUCCGGUAUCUUGCAAAAAUGGCCUCGUUGGAAUCCUGAACCAAUGGAACAUUCUUUGGAUGAUGGAGAUGGACCCCACUAUCCUCAAGUUAUGCCAUGCACCCCAGAAUUCUAUCGUACUCAUGAGCAGCUGGCAUACAAGUUGAAAUCGCAACCAAGAGGCCUAGCACUUAUACUUAGCAACAUUCAGUUCAACAAAGAGACAGAUCUGGAUUUUCGUUCUGGUGGAGAUGUUGACAAUGCUGCCCUGCACGUGCUCUUCAAACACCUUGGGUACCAAGUGGUUGUUCAACAAAAUCAGACUGCACAGGAAAUGAAGGAAGAAUUGGAAAUUUUUUCAAAGCAUCCAGCUCACCGAAAUGUCGAUUCUUGCAUUGUGUCACUCCUUUCCCAUGGAAUUGAGGGUGGAAUCUAUGGCAUAGAUGGCAAGCUACUUCAGCUGCAGGAGAUUUUCAGGCUCUUUGAUAAUGCAAACUGUCCUAAUCUUCAAAAUAAACCCAAAAUGUUCUUCAUUCAAGCUUGCCGGGGAGAUGAGACAGACCGUGGAGUGGACCAAGUAGAUGGGAAUGAUCGUGCAAGCUCUCCAGGCUGUGAAGAGACUGAUGCAAACAAAAAAGAAAAUCCCAAGCUGCGACUUCCCACGUGUUCUGACAUGAUCUGUGGAUAUGCCUGUCUGAAGGGUACAGCUGCAAUGAGAAAUACCAAGCAUGGGUCUUGGUAUGUGGAAGCUCUCACUUCUGUGUUUGCCGAAGACUCUAGGCAUAUGCACGUGGCUGACAUGCUUGUGAAGGUGAACAGAUUAAUCAAGCUCCGAGAGGGCCAUGCUCCUGGCACAGAGUUCCACCGCUGCAAAGAGAUGUCAGAAUACUGUAGCACUCUCUGCCAAGACCUUUACCUGUUCCCAGGAUAUUUUCCUGGGAAUUAGCCCUGUCUUUUCCCUAAAGGGUGUACUUUAUCUGGACCAAGCCAGUCUUCCUGUUGCGGUGGACAGAGUACAGCAAUCUCUUAUUUCUGAGCUCAACAAACUUUGCCAGCAGACUCAGGAGUGAGUGUUUCUAGAAGUUGUAAAACAACAAGAGGACUACACUUAGCUUUCACUUGCUCCAUUCAAUUACCAUUGAACCCCUUUUAAAGGUCUAUGGUCAACUUUUCCUUUCUGGUGAGGGAAGCGUUUUCAUUGAUUUAUAAGCAACUGCAUGUAAUAUCUGCCGUGUUCUGUAGUUCUUCUGGUUUUUUAAAAAUUGGGCAUUUUUAUCCUGACUUUUUUCAAAAGCAACUUGCACCUAUUUUAAAGAUAAACAUGGCUUACUAGGUCAUAUUUUUUAUUCAUGGUGCAGCAUUCACUCUUGGAUAGAACUUGGGAGAUAGUGAUGCCUGAAAGCCAUGUUUACGUUUUAUAAUAUUGGUCAUCUGUUUUUUAACCAAAAAUCAAGAGUGCUGAGGAGCACCUUAAUAAUUAGUAUUUUGUGGAUAAAAAGGAAUGUUAAAUUACAUUUGUAAUAAUUUUAUAUAAAAAAGAAAAACGAAAACAAAUAUUUUUUUAAAAAAGAAAGGUUUUAUUAAUUUUUUAAAAAGAUUUAUAUUUUAUGUAUAUGCCCAUGCAGAUGGGAGAUUGGGUAAUUGGGAUGAAAAAGAUCGUUGCCUACAAAAAUUAAGAAUACAUGCCAAUAAAACUAGUUUGGAAUUUCUUUCCCCAGUGCUAAAGUUAUAUUCCAUCUUUGAGUAGUCCAUCUAUUGCAGAUAUGCAUGCAAUGUCAAGUUUGUUCAACAUGACCAUUAUUUCUCUUUUCACAAUAUUCUUUGAAGAUACUCAUUAUUAUUGAGGGAAUCUUUGCAUCAGGGCUUUGAAACAAUCAUAACAAUUUUUCCUUGUAUAUGUUGCCCCCCCCCCCCCCAGUAAUACUAGGUUAAACAUGCAUAGGAUUAUUCUGACCAUGUUGCUAUUUUACAGGCAGCUCUUAAUAGUAAUAUAGCUUGACAUUUUUUUCUGUUAUAAAAGUAUGAGGGUCUUGUAGAUUUUAUUAUAGACUAAUGGUGUGAUGCAUUGGAUUUGUUCUUUGUUGGUAAAGACCUAGCUCUUCUUUUUCAGUAAGCUACUUGGGUGCCAUUCAUCAGGCUUCUUACAACCAAACCAGAUAUUGGGAUGUGUUCAGAGGCCCAAAGUUAUAAAUAUUUAUGUUCUUGCCCUGUCAGGUAGACAUGUGCAUUCGGGGAAACCUUGUCCUGUUUCAUGUCCUGGCUUUCAUUGUAAGCCUCCCAAAAUUGGGAGGGUUGUUUUCGGUUCUUUUGUUUCAGGGCCUGAAAAUCCAACCAUUGGGGGGGGGGGGGCUUCCCACUCACCUGCUCUCCUUCCCGGCGUGCAUCCUUACCUGACACCUGCUGUUUCUACUCUAGAGUAAGAGGCACUUGGCUAUAGGCACUGGCAGGUGCAAGGGCUUUCUUGGCCAGCCUGCAUUCCCCGCAACAUGCAUGUGUGGCAGAGUGUGCACGCCAAUGCUAGUAACCAAUCUCCUCUUUCUCUACCCCACCACACAUGCCUCGCUAUACUCUCUGAGAGUGUGUGUGUGUCGGAACGUGCAGGCGGGCAUGCCCAGAGCGUGCCUGCAACCAAGCUCUGGACCUGCUUGCUUGCUUGCCUGCACACCCCACCACACACACACACUUUCCAAGACAGGAAGGCAGGUUUACAUGCACAUGAAAGCAGGCUUUCGUGUCGAGCAGAUUUUCGUGUGGGGAAAGGGCUUCCUAUUUCAUGUUUCCAAAGAAACAGAAGACUAGAAACAGUAGGAAUGAAUUUCAUGCACAUGCACAUGCCUACUGUGAUGGUCCUUUGCCACCUUCUUAAGGCUGUAAAUUGUGCAGUUGGACCAUAUACCAUACUUGCAGGGUAGCAAGAGACGUUUCUGGUUUAGGGUGGCCUCUUAAGGCUCCCACAUUCAUGAGCCAAAAAUAGAAACAUGUUAGAGUCUCCUCUUUAUAUUGGUGCUAGAUGAUUGUGUUAGUACUACUGCCUCCUAUCUUGUUAAAGGAAAAGACCCAAUUUUUUUCACUGCCAUUUUUAUAUUGAACUUUUAUCCAUGUUUGUGUGCCAAAAUGAAAAGCUGUAUUUUCUGAUAGCUGUGUCUCUUUUUCUUAUCCCUUUCUUUAUGGGUUCUUCAAGAUUUAAAAAAUAUGUAGGUUGUGUUCAGAAACAAGCCUCUCAGGGCUAUUGCCAGGGAACUCUGGUGUACUAGGAAAUUCUUCAAAAUCUUGAUUUAUCCUGAGAAUUGAAAUAUUGUAUAAUUUUAAACGGUUGGGAAGUGUUUGAACUUUCUUCAAAACCUUGAUUUAUGCUGCAGAUUGAAAAUUUGUAUAGAUUUAAAUGGCUGGGAAGCUUUGGAACUUUCUAAAUAAAUGUCAGUUAAAUGA